AUGACCGUAGUGACGUUGAUAGUCGGAGGCAAUCAGAGACAAAGUAAACGAAGUCGGAGUGAUCAUUUAACCUUAUGUCUAAAUUACAACCUCUUAGCUCUCAGUAAAGAUGACAUUGACGAAUGUCUGCAAACCAUGUAUGAAGCUUAUAUAUUCAACAUUUCGGCGAAUACUUGUGCCGUGUUAGUGUCAGCUACAGGAGAUGAGGAUUUGAAACAAUAUGAACUAGAAGUUCGCGAUAAUUAUCGUUGUGCCAUUUACGACCAAUUAUUCCGAGAAGGUCUGAAUUACGCCUCCAGAGACUUUAGUUCUGUGGAACCUCUUCGUUAUGAACAUGUCUGGAAAAAAUUUGACGACGUUGAACCUAAUAUUUUCGUAAGACAAUAUUUAGAUCAAAUUUGUGAUAAUUUUGCUAAAGAUUUCAUGGUGAUUCAUCGAACCAGUCGUGUGUUAAGAAAGUGCGGACAAUACCAAGAUCUUAUGUUGCUCUCGGAUGGUGAUGACGAAGCUUAUUCUUAUUGUGAUCCUGAAUAUUAUGGAAAAAUGGCUCGACCGUACGGGCAAACUUUAUUUCACGACUCCGUUGAUGUUGAAAGAAUUUAUAAACGAAAACUCGAUUACACCCUAGUGUUGGAUGGGGAUACAGGAGUUCCUAAAGGGGGAACCUUUGAUCUCAUGGAAAUUGCUGCAGCUCACCCAGAGCGUGGUAUCAUCCAACCUUCCAUUAAACUACAUUGUACCAGUAGAGACACUAUGUUCAUGCAUCUUGAAUCAAUGCGACAAUCUUUAUUCGAACCUUUAACAAAUGCCACCAUGGCAUAUUUCUCUCAGUCAUCUUUUUUCGGUAAAGGUCUUAUAAAGAAUUCCGUCUACAUUGAAAAUGUUAUUGGAAGAAGAAAUAAUCUUAUUGAACGUGUCCCGAUUGAUGUUUUAAGUCAUGACACUUUCGAGGCAUCGCUUCUACGGCCACUGUAUGCUGGUUCCGUAUAUUUAUUAGAAGCACCAUCUUAUAACUACGUUACAUGGAACAUUCGUGAAAGACGAUGGAAUCGUGGUGAAGUGUUACUAGCUUUUUACUUUUGGGAGAAUUUGGUAGGAGUUCCAAUGCGAUGGCUACAAUCCAAACUUCAAGGUGACAAAUUUGUAAAAACGACUUUGAGAACUAAGUCAAAGCUAGAUUUUGUGACUUCCUACGUGGCCCAUUCAGCUCUACGUCAAAUGUUUAUGAAACCUAUUUUAUUAUUAUAUAUUCUCUUACAUUAUCAGACUAGUUUAAGGUACCGAUAUGCCUCGAUUAUAAUUGUGAUGUUUUUAGUACUGAUAUUUCCAAAAUUCGCAACAACAACGCGUAAGAACUAUAAAUUUGUAAUCAUAGAAACGGUUGCGUCCAUCUUACAGUUUACACCAGAAGCCUUUGUUGGCUGUGUUCGGAUAGUACGCGCGAUCCAAGCGAAUGUAAGCACCUCUGUAAAAUGGGUACCACAGAGAGCUGUAGAGGAGGAUUUUAAGAAGUCUAAUCCAUUUUUGUCUAGUUUGAAACAUUUGUGGGGGUAUACCCUAUUUUCUUCUUUUUUUACUGUCCUGGUGAUAUUGUUUAUGCCCGAUUCUGUUUUAAUACUCGUUAUGUUCGGUACAUGUAUACUUUUACCAUUUUAUACAGGCUUCACGUCUCUUACUCUUGACCUCAAAAGUUCGCGUAGUUUGGAGAAUCAGAGGAACAAUUUAGAAAUUGGAGUUAGUACCAUUGCUCAACCUGACGUAAAAGUAGGAAACAUAAGACCUCUCACGUAUACUAACAUUGCAGUACCCACAGCACCUCACCCAGAACACGUAUAUCAACCUUACGAUCCAUUCAAAUUAAAACAACCACAACAACUAUUCGAACGCACUCCGAUAGCCGUGUAUUGA